GCAACAAGCCAGUUGCUCUCUCUCUCUCUCCUCACUUUCCCGCUACUUCGUGUCGAUCCCAAUGUCUCUACACCUCUUCAAACCCUAAUUCUCUAAUCCAAAAAAAGAAAGACAAAGUUUUUUUCUCUGUUCAGUUUCACUUUCUUAUGAAUACCAAACACUUGUCGCUACUCAUUUCUUUGGCGGUUACAUAGGCUUGACAAUUCAUUGAGAUAAGCCCUAGAAACUGCUUUCGUUAAGUGGUGUUUGGGUGCUCAGAAACUGCGGGAAACGAAGGAAGGCUUGGAGUUUUGCAACGGGACUGAUUCGGAGGAGAGGUGGUGAUCGCGAUCAUGUCGGGAGUUAAGGAGGAGGACUGUAAUGUGGAUUUGAAUAAGGAAGCUGAGUUCGUUUCCAAUUCUUCGGUUUCUGAGAGCAGUUCUGAUACCGCUGCUCUGAGAUCGGCCUCUGCUCAGAAGAGGAUAACUGGUCCGACCAGACGAUCAACAAAGGGAGGAUGGACAGAGGAAGAGGACAAUCUUUUAACUACUGUUGUGAAAAACUUCAAUGGAAGAAAUUGGAAGAAAAUAGCUGAGUAUCUUCAUGGACGGACAGAUAUCCAGUGCUUGCAUCGCUGGCAGAAGGUUCUAAAUCCUGAACUUGUCAAAGGACCUUGGACGAAGGAGGAGGAUGACUGCAUUGUUGAGUCAGUUAAAAAGUAUGGUUGUAAGAGAUGGUCUAUGAUUGCAAAGGCCUUACCAGGCCGCAUAGGCAAGCAAUGCCGAGAAAGGUGGCACAAUCAUUUAGACCCAGCUAUAAAGAAAGAUGCAUGGACCAAAGAAGAGGAGGCAAUUCUUACUUACUAUCAUCAACUUUAUGGGAACAAGUGGGCAGAAAUAGCAAGGUUCCUGCCUGGAAGGAAUGACAAUGCAAUAAAAAAUCAUUGGAAUUGCUCAAUAAAGAAGAAAUCGGAGACCAAAUUAGUUGCCCGUUCCACCUUGGAUAAACAUGGAGCUAUCGUUCCUGAUUCCCAAAAUUGUGAAACAAAUUCAAACAGCAUGAAGGGCACAGCUGUCAAGCAGAAUCACGGUGAAAUAGUCUCUCUUCAUCAGAAAGACGGGUCAGAGUAUACUGUUGGGACUUGUUUGACUGAUUUGGUUCUUGGAAAUGCUUAUGGAGGAGAGAAUUGUUUAGAACCAAAAUCUGUUAUCCCUUCAGGAGGGGGUUUAAAUCUGCCAAAUGGAUUUCAGUUUGAUGGUAAAGAUGCCACUGGUACUGCUGUUAUUGGUGAACCAUGCACAGACAAUGACAAUCAUGCAAAUAUGUGUGAACCUUUGUCUAUUCCCUUGGGUCUUCCUGGUUCUGUUAAAAAAAACUGUAAUCCUUGUAAUCCUCCUGAGGCUGUUGUUUCUCUCACUUCUAAGCGAAGACUGGAAUCUCCUAAAAGGCCUUGGACUUAUGAUUUGAGUGUUACAGAUUUGAGAUUUAGUAGUGAAACAGGCGAUUCCCUUUCUAGCCUCUCAGCAUUUCGAUUUGGUGAUGAUGAUACCCAAGUUGGCAAGAAAAGCAAACUUAAUUCAACACCUUUACAGUCAGAGCAUAUAAAGAAUAGUUGGUUUUGUUAUGAGCCAAUACAUUCGAAGGACUUGUUGGUUGCUUCAAAGAACGAUUGUUUUCCAAGUACAGACAACCAUACUAGGUAUUCAAGCAGUCCAUCGUGUGGUUUUACCACUCCCAAAGUUGCACAGAGUGUCUCUAUUAACAGCAGGAGUCCAGAAUCUAUAUUAAGGAGCUCAGCAAUGAGUUUCAGAAAUACUCCCUCUAUUAUAAGAAAGCGAACUUCCCGAAAAUCUAGCAACAACUUUUCUGAUUGCUCCACACCUGCACAAACAGUCCCAUGUACUCAGAAUGGUGAAGAUAUCAACAGCAGCAAAGCUUUUCCAAAUGCAAAGCAGGGUUUCAUUGCUUCCCUCUGUAAACCCGAAGCUCCAGUUUCUGUGAAGACUCUGGGAAGAUGCUUGGAAUAUGCGUUUGAUAUGGAAUGGGAUCCAUCCAGAGUUAAAUGUGGCACCUCAGUUUCUUCGACUGCAACUCCAGAUGUUAAUUUUAGUGCCAACAGAGUCUUGAUACCUUAAGGUGAUUUUGAUUAUAAAAUCAGCAUUCUGGUGCCAUGGUCAUUGACCAUCUUGAACAAGAGAACUGAUCAGAAUGAAUUAGAUGAUAAUGGAGAAGAGCCGUUCACAUGUACAAAGUGAGAUUUCACAGUUCCAACAGUGGAACUACUGGUGGGAACCAGUGCCAACUCUGAUGGAAAGUAAAGACAUUUUAAUUUUUCCCUUUCAUUGCUGGUUGGAGGCAAGUCCUGUGUCUCUGCUGGAUUUAAAUACAAAGGUCUCAGUGUUCUUCACUGGUUAUAUGAACCUUUUCAUCCUCAUCUCCUCCUAUUUUUCAUUAGAAGACAGCAAUUAAAUUUCUCAAAAAAAAAAAAAAAAAGAGGGACUGAAAACAGGCAAGGUUUGGAGAAAUGUAAUGGCCUCUACAUCAAAGGGGUUGGUUGCCUCCCCUUUGGUAAACAGGUGCUCGUUUAGGAUUUAGUCAGUUAGUUUUCGAGCUUCGUUCAAAUAAUCCCUGAUCAUUUUCUGUACAAAUGCUAAUAAAGGGCAAUUAGGUUCAUUUUGAACUUGUAUGA